UAUUUCCAGUUUAGUCCUGUACAGCGGACAGUGUGGAGUAGAGAUGACUCGGUGGGCUCGUCCCGGACAUGUGAACGCUCCAAGCCGGAACCGCAAGGUGUGUGCGGCCACCCAUGGGAACAGCUGGGGAAGGCCGGCCAGGAAAGGUCUGCUCAGCCGCCCAGGAAGAAGAAAAAGAAGGAAGGCGGGUAUGUCAAUCAGGAUGUGAAUGGCUUCAAUGCUGUGUUCAAGGAGCAGCGCCGGGAUGGCCGGAGACUGAAGAGACAGACCAACAAGAAGAACAAGAUGGUCUGUUUUCACUGUCGUAAGCCUGGCCAUGGCAUGGCUGACUGCUCGGAGGCUCUAAGAUGUCAGGAGAUGGGUACAGGAAUCUGCUUUCGAUGUGGAUCAACAGAACAUGAAAUCAACAAAUGCAGAGCCAAAGUGGAUCCAGCUCUUGGAGAGUUCCCAUAUGCAAAAUGCUUCAUAUGUGGAGAGAUGGGCCACUUAUCGCGGUCGUGUCCAGACAAUCCCAAGGGAUUAUAUGCUGAAGGAGGAAGCUGUAGGAUUUGUGGCUCCGUUGAGCAUUUCCAAAGAGAUUGUCCAGAACAUCAGACAUCAGCUCAGAUGACAGUUGGCAGAUGGACAAGCGGAAUGAGUGCAGAUCAUGAAGACGUUCCUGUCAUUCCUAAAGCCCAAAAAGUACCCACAAAGACUCCAAAAGUUGUCAAGUUCUGA